UGCCCCGCGCUCCGCAGCCCCCCGCACUCGGCGGCCGCGCGGAGGAGGAGCCGGCGGCGGGAGCGCGUCCACCGGGGCCUGGGCGCAGCCGCGGGGGCCUGCGGGGCUCGGAGCCGGGCGCGUGGACGGAGCGGCGGCCCGCCAGCCAGAGACGAUGGCCAAAAUGGAGGUGAAAACAUCGCUUCUGGACAACAUGAUUGGCGUUGGAGAUAUGGUCCUGCUAGAACCUCUCAAUGAGGAGACCUUCAUCAACAACCUCAAGAAGCGCUUUGACCAUAAUGAAAUCUAUACAUAUAUUGGAAGUGUGGUUAUAUCUGUUAACCCCUAUCGGUCACUGCCCAUCUACUCGCCGGAGAAAGUGGAAGACUACAGGAACAGAAAUUUUUAUGAGCUGAGCCCUCACAUAUUUGCCCUGUCAGAUGAAGCGUAUCGAUCCCUCCGAGAUCAAGAUAAAGAUCAGUGUAUUCUCAUCACGGGAGAAAGUGGAGCAGGAAAAACAGAGGCCAGCAAGCUUGUUAUGUCUUACGUGGCGGCUGUGUGCGGAAAAGGAGCAGAGGUCAAUCAAGUGAAAGAACAGCUCCUGCAGUCCAACCCAGUCCUGGAAGCUUUUGGAAACGCCAAAACUGUAAGGAAUGACAACUCCUCUAGAUUCGGCAAAUACAUGGAUAUUGAAUUUGAUUUUAAAGGUGAUCCCCUGGGAGGAGUGAUAAGUAACUAUCUUCUAGAGAAAUCUCGGGUCGUGAAGCAGCCAAGAGGCGAAAGGAACUUCCAUGUCUUCUAUCAGCUGCUCUCUGGCGCCUCUGAAGAGCUUCUCAGCAAGCUUAAACUUGAGCGGGAUUUCAGCAAAUACAACUACCUAAGUCUGGAUUCUGCUAGAGUCAAUGGAGUGGACGAUGCAGCCAACUUCAGAACUGUGCGGAAUGCCAUGCAGAUCGUGGGUUUCCUGGACCACGAGGCCGAGUCUGUCCUGGAGGUGGUGGCGGCGGUGUUGAAACUCGGGAACAUCGAGUUCAAGCCUGAAUCCCGAGUCAAUGGUCUAGACGAAAGCAAAGUCAAAGACAAAAAUGAGUUGAAAGAGAUCUGCGAGUUGACUGGGAUCGAUCAGUCGGUUCUGGAACGUGCAUUCAGUUUCCGCACAGUUGAAGCCAAACAAGAGAAAGUUUCCACGACGCUCAACGUAGCUCAGGCUUAUUAUGCUCGUGACGCCCUGGCCAAAAACUUGUACAGCAGGCUGUUUUCAUGGCUGGUGAACCGGAUCAAUGAGAGCAUCAAGGCACAAACAAAAGUGAGGAAGAAGGUCAUGGGUGUCUUGGACAUUUAUGGCUUUGAAAUUUUCGAGGAUAAUAGCUUCGAACAGUUCAUCAUCAAUUACUGCAAUGAGAAGCUGCAGCAGAUCUUCAUUGAGCUGACUCUUAAAGAAGAGCAGGAGGAGUACAUACGGGAGGAUAUAGAAUGGACGCACAUAGAAUACUUCAACAAUGCCAUCAUUUGCGACCUCAUAGAAAAUAACACAAAUGGGAUCCUGGCCAUGCUGGACGAGGAGUGCCUGAGGCCUGGCACGGUCACUGAUGAGACCUUCUUGGAAAAGCUGAACCAAGUCUGCGCCACCCACCAGCACUUCGAGAGCAGGAUGAGCAAGUGCUCUCGGUUCCUCAAUGACACUUCCCUCCCCCACAACUGCUUCAGGAUCCAGCACUAUGCCGGCAAGGUGCUGUAUCAGGUGGAAGGAUUUGUUGACAAAAAUAAUGACCUUCUCUAUCGAGAUCUGUCUCAAGCCAUGUGGAAGGCCAGUCACACCCUCAUCAAGUCUCUGUUUCCUGAAGGGAACCCUUCUAAAAUCAAUUUGAAAAGGCCUCCUACUGCAGGCUCACAGUUCAAGGCCUCUGUGGCUACUCUGAUGAAAAAUCUACAAACCAAGAAUCCAAACUACAUCAGGUGUAUCAAACCAAAUGAUAAAAAGGCAGCUCACGUCUUCAGCGAGGCGUUGGUGUGCCAUCAGAUCAGGUACCUGGGGCUUUUGGAGAAUGUCCGUGUGAGGAGAGCAGGCUAUGCCUUCAGGCAGGCCUACGAGCCCUGCCUAGAAAGGUACAAAAUGCUCUGCAGACAGACGUGGCCUCACUGGAAAGGGCCGGCAAGGGCUGGUGUAGAGGUUCUGUUUAAUGAAUUAGAAUUUCCUGUGGAAGAAUAUUCCUUUGGUAGAUCAAAGAUAUUCAUCCGAAAUCCAAGAACAUUAUUCAAGUUAGAAGACCUGAGGAAGCAGCGGCUCGAGGACCUGGCCACUCUCAUCCAGAAGAUCUACCGGGGCUGGAAGUGCCGCGCUCACUUCCUGCUGAUGCGGACGAGCCAGACGGUGAUCGCCGCCUGCUUCCGGAGAUACGCGCAACAGAAGAGGUACCGACAGACAAAGUGUUCCGCCCUGGUCAUUCAGUCCUAUAGCCGCGGUUGGAAGGCUCGAAAAAUCCUGCGGGAAUUGAAGCAUCAGAAACGUUGUGAGGAAGCAGCCACCACCAUUGCGGCCUACUGGCACGGUGCCCAGGCGCGAAGGGAACUGAGCCGGCUGAAGGAGGCGGCUAGGAAUAAACAUGCUAUUGCGGUUAUUUGGGCUUACUGGCUUGGAUCUAAGGCUCGGAGGGAGUUGAGACGCUUGAAGGAAGAGGCUAGACGUAAGCAUGCUGUCGCUGUCAUUUGGGCUUACUGGCUUGGACUGAAGGUGCGAAGAGAGUACAGGAAAUUCUUCAGAGCCAAUGCUGGGAAGAAAAUUUAUGAAUUUACACUGCAGAGAAUUGUGCAAAAGUACUUCUUGGAAAUGAAAAAUAAGAUGCCUUCCUUAUCACCAAUAGACAAGAACUGGCCACCAAGACCUUACCUGUUCUUGGAUUCUACUCACAAAGAGCUGAAAAGAAUUUUCCACUUGUGGAGGUGUAAAAAAUACAGAGACCAGUUUACAGACCAGCAGAAACUUAUUUAUGAAGAGAAACUGGAAGCAAGUGAACUCUUCAAAGACAAGAAGGCAUUGUACCCAUCGAGUGUCGGGCAGCCAUUCCAAGGGGCUUAUGUGGAAAUCAGCAAGAAUCCCAAGUAUAAGAAACUCAAAGAUGCCACUGAAGAAAAAAUCAUCGUUGCUGAAGUCGUCAACAAGAUAAACCGCGCUAACGGCAAGAGCACAUCCCGCAUUUUCCUUUUAACAAGUAAUAAUCUCCUCCUCGCUGACCAAAAGUCUGGACAGAUCAAGUCGGAGGUUCCCUUGGUGGAUGUGACCAAAGUGUCCAUGAGCUCGCAGAAUGACGGCUUCUUUGCUGUCCACCUCAAAGAGGGCUCUGAAGCAGCCGGCAAAGGAGACUUUCUGUUCAGCAGCGACCACCUGAUUGAGAUGGCCACCAAGCUGUACCGGACAACUCUCAGCCAAACGAAGCAGAAGCUCAACAUUGAAAUUUCCGAUGAGUUUCUCGUCCAGUUCAGACAAGAAAAAGUAUGUGUGAAAUUCAUUCAGGGGAACCAGAAAAAUGGGAGUGUCCCAACGUGCAAACGAAAAAACAAUCGUCUCCUUGAAGUUGCUGUUCCUUAACCAGUCAGUCCCUCUGCUCGGCUUCCACGGACUUGCUUCUUAGGAAUAGUGCAAUUUGGUUGGGUUUGUGUGGGAUUCAUUUGGGGGGAAUUGCCAAAGACUAAUACUGCUAGAGUUCAUUGGUGAAAUAAAAGACACUUGACUAAUCCAUUUUUACUACUGGUAUAGUUUUAACCCUUAAAGUACACAUUCUGCCCAGGGGGGCGGGGGAGCGUUGAAAUUAACUUUGCCUUUGCCAUGUCAUAUAUGGUUGGUUUUUUUUGUUGUUGUUUAGUCUUCUUUUUAGCAAUCCAUGUACUCUCGACCAACAUAUAAUUCAUAAAUCAUUAAUGCAUCUAAGUAUAGGAACAGUCAUCAAAGAUAGUGCAUUCACUCAUCAAAUAUUUAUUGAAUGCCUAUUCUGUGCUAGGCACUGUGCUAGAUGGCAUAAACAUUUUGUUAGGAAAGUUUUAUUUGUGUGUUUUUUAAGGUGAUUGAAUUCUGGUUGGUUCAUUCUGGCUCUCAUAGGACUAAAAAAAAAGCUUGAAAAAGUUGAGGCCAAAGCAAGUCCUGUUGAUACAGGGCAGCACUGUGAGGGGCCCUGUAGAAGCCCCCCAGGUGUCCAGGAAGGGCUGGUCCCACAGUGGGGACACAGCCCAAGAUAAAGGCUCUGGAGAAAGCUGACAUUGGAACAGGACUUUUAAUUUGCUCAGAUCUCUUCUAACUGCUUUUACUUAUAGAAAUCAGUCAUUCUUAGCUUAGAAAAAAAAAGAGAGAGAGAGAGAAUCAAUCUGGUAAGAUUUCCUGUUUUUGGCAAACGUCAUAGAUGAUCCUUGACAGGCUGAUUCUGCUGAGUAUUGUUUUCAGCCACAUUGAAGUCAAUAUUUUAAGUGGCUCAGGCAGUCAGGGGCUGGAAGCUUUUCAGAUAGUGGCAUGCAUGCUGUACAAUGUGCAAUAAACAUCCAAGACCCUUCUUUGAGUUUUAUUUAUAAUAGACAUUUUGUGUGCAGUGGUGGUUGGUCCAGGGUGCAUAUUUUAGUCAAGAGUCCAAAUUAAGCCUGUAUUCAUUUGAAGAUCUCUAUUUUUUUUUUUCAGCUUUACAGUAAGGAUUAAUUUUAGAAACAUACAUUUUAAACUUGGGGAUUAAAUUGUGAUUUGGGAGGUGGCUGUGUAUACAUUGGCAUGUUAAAUAAUAAAACUGUUCCAGUUUGGUGCCAUUCACUGAAUCACAACUGUAUUUUUGUAACUCAAGAUAUCUCCUUGUGUUGUGUGCUCACACAGAAAGGCUUUAUGAUCCAAACAUGAUGUGUUUUCAGUGUAAUGGAAUUUCACUUAUCUUUUAUAAACCAGAAACAUUCAUUGAAAGUA